CGACAUCGUUGGGACAUCAUUCGAAUAGUAGGACUCGUCCUUAACGGUUCUAGGGAUUUCGCCAGUAAGGAUCUAAAGUAAUUGCUUCCUCGAGGAGAACUUAGAGCGUCACAAUGAACAAGUUCGUGGUCUUCGCUAGCGUGUUUGGAGUUCUGGUGGCAGUAAGUGCGGUUCUUGGAGCACCGGCUCCUCAAGCGGACGCGUCGCCGAGAUCCGCCGCUCAGGAUGUGCAAACCGUGCGUUACUUCAGUGAAAACAAUGGUCCCGAUGGUUACAAGUUCACAUACGAACUCAGUGACGGCCAGAUCCGGUCCGAGGUAGGUACCUACAAGGACUCGAAGGACGCCGACGGAAAUGACGUCAAGGUGCUGUUCGUCCAGGGAUCCUACACGUUCGUUGGACCCGAUGGCCAGACCUACUGGGUGAACUACACCGCCGAUGAGAAUGGCUACCACCCGAAGGUCGGCACCGGCCCAACCGGAGGAAUCCAACCGGGACAGGACGCCCCAAUCAACAGUGCGUAAGCCGGUCAGGAGUACCUACUGUGGCUGCCGCCUAUGCCACAGUCUUAGCCUUAGUUGAUUCUAAGUCAAUGCCUACAUACUCUGCCGAGCCGCAACAAAUGAGAUCUGGAACGUGAGAUUCUUUUUUUUAAUGAAUAAAAUAGCAUCUGACACCGUAGGAUUUAGUGUAAAUAUAUUAUGAUGUAAAGUAUACGUGAAACGACUGUGUUCUCUUGAAGCAAUAAACUGACAACGAAGGAGAUUACAAAUCAUA